AUGUCAUGUCCUCAUCUCAGUGGCGUCGCAGCUUUGCUCAAAGCUGCACACCCUAAUUGGUCUCCGGCCGCCAUCAAGUCUGCUAUCAUGACUACUGCUGAUCAACUGAACCUCAACAACAAGCCCAUCAUCGAUGAAAGGCUACUCCCAGCUGAUAUCUUUGCCAUUGGGGCAGGCCAUGUCAACCCAUCAAAAGCAAAUGAUCCCGGACUUGUGUACGAUAUCCAGUCUGACGAUUACAUAUCUUACUUAUGCGGUUUGAAUUACACAAGCCGACAACUUCUANUCAUGAUUGCUGACUCCGAGCAACCAAUGCUUCGCCCUCGGCCUGCCGAGCGUUUGAUGACCUUCACUCGGCAGGGACGUAUUAAUUGCUCAGUCNCAAAUGUUGGUGAAGCCAGUUCAUCGUACACUGUCGAGAUUGUUCCACCACAAGGAGUCGAUGUUAGUGUUAAGCCUACUACGUUAGACUUCUCAGAUGUGAACCAACAGAUGACUUAUCAAGUCACAUUUAGCAGAUCAAGCGGAGGCAUGAAUGCUAUCUCUGCACAAGGAUUCCUGAAAUGGAUUUCUACCAAACAUGUAGUUAGAAGCCCAAUCGCUGUUGCGUUUGAGUGA